CACAACUUUAAACACCCACAUCCACACCCACACCCACCUCUCACUUUUCACUUCCACUUCCACUCACUUCCACUUCCACUUCCGCUUCCCACCUCCAAGCCACCCUCACCCAGUCAGUCACCCUCACCAGCACCACCAAACAUGUGCACCCAAACAAUCACCCAAUCCCUCUGCUCCCACUGCAAGGAGCUUCUCCUCGAAGUAACCACCGAAGAGCGCUGUGCCAAAGUCAUCCAAGCGCAAGCCUACACCUUCUCUUGCGGCACCAAGAAGACGACCAAGGCGAGAGAGUACCCGAGGAAGUGCGCUUCAUGCGUGAAAAAGGAGCGAUCAGAGAAGCCGGGGAUGGAGAGAUCAGCGUCGGCACUCCUGUUGAACCCUCUCCUCGCUGGUCGCGGCAUCCGCUGCCACUCAUGCCCGUCUCUUUGGCAGCUGGGAGGACGAAGUCGAUGAGACGGAAGGGCAUAUAUGUGUCAGUCAGUCAGUCAACUGAGCGUUAAAAGAUUGGGGGGGGGAUCCCAGCCCAUUCAUUGAAGGUCAUCAAAUCCGAACGAAAUGACGACAGAUCGGAAACUUAAAGGAGUGGAAGAAAAGCAGGAAUCGACGAAGACACAACUAGCAAAAAAAGAAAGAGUCUCGAAAGAAGAGGGAAAAAAACAUACAACACCAGGGAU